GUUGAAUGUUCUUGUAGCUCUUUUGCGGGAGAGUGAAAGCGCACUUGAUUAACACAGGAUGGACUUUCAGGGAUUCCUCAACGAUUUGCAGGAUUGGGAAGUUUCUAGAAAGGAUAAAGCACGAACAACGAAGUCAAAAAAUGGUUCAUCUUCUCGACAUACUGGAUCAGUGGGUGUGGAGAAGGCAUCAAGAGGGGAUACUAUUUCAUCAGGGCAGUAUGAUUUCUCAAGAAAUAACGAUCCUUUCAAUCGUGUCCGUAGUAGUUUUGUUCAUGACGAUGUUCCUGAUGCUGCUUCUGAGAAAGACCUGGGUAAUGAGUUUUUCAAGCAGAAAAAGUUUAAGGAAGCUAUUGACUGCUAUUCAAGGAGCAUUGCCUUAUCACCAACAGCUGUAGCAUAUGCAAAUAGAGCAAUGGCCUCUAUCAAGCUCAGAAGAUUCCAAGAAGCUGAGGAUGACUGUACGGAGGCCUUAAACCUUGAUGAUCGUUACAUAAAAGCAUACUCACGCCGAGCAACAGCUAGAAAAGAACUUGGGAAAAUUAAAGAAUCGAUGGAGGAUGCUGAAUUUGCCUUGAGGUUGGAACCUAACAAUCAAGAAAUCAAGAAACAGUAUGUUGAUGCUAAAUCUUUGUAUGAGAAAAGAUUAAUGUUUUUGUCAAAUGCGAUUGUCCAGGAUAUUCUUCAGAAAGCAUCUGGAGCUCUCAGAAGCGCUGUACAGGGAACACAAAAAAUUGUAAAGUCAGAGUCAAAAGUUAAUGGAGGCAACAUCCACUCCAUUUCACAUGGUACUCAAAAGUCAGGGCCAGCUGAAGUUCAUCAUCAUACAAAGGUUAAUGAGCGGAAAAUACCUGUUAAAGAAUCAUUCUUGAUGGAGGAGAUUGAUAGCAGAGAUACAAAAGCCAGAAGCAAGACUCAAAAACAAGAAGGCGAUGGUUCUAAGCAAGAUUUGAAUCCAAGCAACAGUUUGGAGCAGAGAAAUCAGAGAAUUACUACACAGGAAACGAAAGCAUCUGUUCAACAGCUUGCUUCUGAUGCAGCUUCUCGAGCCAUGGCUGAAGCUGCAAAAAACAUGACACCACCAACUACAGCUUAUCAAUUUGAGGUCUCUUGGAAAGCAUUUUCAGGUGAUCUUGCAUUGCAGGCUCGCCUAUUAAAGGCCAUAUGUCCCCAUGAAUUACCAAAAAUAUUCAAAAAUGCCUUAUCUUCUACCAUGCUAGUUGACAUCAUCAAGUGUCUUGCAUCCUUUUUCACUGAAGACAUGGAUCUGGUUGUCAGUUAUAUGGAGCAUCUGACCAAGGUACCAAGAUUUGACAUGAUUGUAAUGUGCCUUUCAUCAACAGAUAAGGAUGGCAUACGAAAGAUCUGGGAUGAAGUGUUCUGUAGUGAGGCAACUCCAAUGGAGUAUGCAGAGAUUCUGGACAACCUUCGAUCAAAAUUCUGCCGUAUACAGUGACUUCUUCGCUUGUAUGUUGUAUUUUCUUCUCCUCUGUGGAUAUUCUUUCUUCCGCAAUUUUCUUCACUUGUAAAUUAUUAAGCUAUUGAAAUGUUUGAGCAUUAUUGAGUCUCGAGUUGAUCUGCCUUGAAGUGAUUAGCUAAAGGUGGGAGGUAAAAGAAAAACGAAAAAUCUUAU